AUGUCAGAUAACCAGCAUACACACGGCGUCAGGCCUCCGUACCCCGAAGACUCAAACCCCCAUCUUGCUGGCGUCCAAGAGCCUCACCCUCCCUCGUUAUCGCAAUCACAAGAUCUCGGAGAAGCGCAAGCGAGGAAAAUGACCCGUGGUCCCAGUGCAGAGAGUAAUUCCACGGCAACGGUAGAUUUGCCGGACAGCUUGAGAGUUGGGUCACCACCUGCUCAUCAUAUAAGUCAUGCGCCUGAGCCCGAGAGCGUUGCGAAAGGUGGCGUAAUGUUACCAGAUAGUUUAAGAGUUGGCGCUGGAAGCAAUGAGGGCUCGCAGCGGGGUAGUGAGACACCGAGGGGGAGCUUCGAAAAGGCAGACAUACCUGAGGCUCUGCAACCUGGAGGUGGGAAGAUGAAGGUACCAGCUGAAAAUGCUGAGGUUUACACACACAGUGCGCCUGGGGGCGAGAAGCAGCAACCAGAGAUCAAUACGCAUGUCGUUCCUGAGCAGAAGGGUGUGGAGACGACGAUGCAUGGUGCAUUCGUCACAGGGAAUGAAGAUUCAGAAGAUAUAUGGGGAAACGAAAAGACGCCAAUAGAGCGGCGGCAAAGCGAAGAUAUUUCUUCUCCUAUGGCUGCCAAUUUCAACUCUUAUGAUAGACCGUUCAAUGAAUAUUCGCCGUUCUACAAUCCGACCAAUAACUUUAGCGCUAGUUCCUCAAAAGCGCCUAACCACUCAAACCAGACCGGAGUAAAUGUUGCUUCCGAGCCACAAAGGUUUCCGCCGGUUGCCGCCGUGCGACCUGGUGAAGAUAGAGACAGACAGUUCUCGAUUGCGUCUUCGACUUCUUCAGUGGGUUUCGAUCCAGGGAUGGAUUUAUCCUCCUUCGACGCAUCAACUACAAGAGCAUAUCCGGGAAGGAGAGGAUACCCGGCAGUCGGUAUGGGUGGUUGGAACGAGGACGAGGAAGAAGGCGAGGUUGCAAAAACUUGGGAGGAAGAGCUCGACAGGCGUGCUAGAGCUGGUGCAGAACUUCAACGCCGCAACGAAGAAGCUCAGGAAAGGGAGAAAGAGGAGCGACUACAGGCGGAGUUCUGGGAAGAAGAGCGCCGCCUUGCAGGAGUCGCAGAAGGUCCCCAGAAGCCUCCUAAGGCGCCGUCAUCUGUAGGUGGCGAUAGCGCUAUAAGAGCUGAUGCCCCAAUACCUCAACCGGAUCAAUCUAGGCCAGUGCCGCCUAUACCAGUAGAGGCGAUGGCAGAUUUAAAUAUACGGCCACCACCGCCGCCACCCCCUUCCGCAAAUACGACCACUGAAAUCUACCAAAUCAAACAUAUUGCCUGGACCGACCCGUCUGUUCCCAAUGCCCCACUUCGUCGCUCCCCAAUUCUUCUGCAAAAUGCGAAUGGCCCAUGUCCUUUGCUAGCUCUCGUAAAUGCACUGAUACUUUCUACUCCCGUGGGGACUAAAACAGCUCUCUGGGAGACCCUUGAGCUUCGGGAACAAGUCUCACUCGAACUCCUCCUGGACGCUGUAUUCCAAGAGCUCAUGGACCGUGGCGGCGCAGCGGGCCUCCCAGAUGUCGGCGAUCUUUUCGCAUUCCUGUUAACGCUCCACACAGGUAUGAACGUCAAUCCACGUUUCUACUCUGAGGAUACUCCUACCAAUACCCACACAAUGCAUUUCGAAAAUACACGAGAAAUGGAGCUAUAUGGUGCUUUCAGGAUCCCGCUUGUUCAUGGCUGGCUCCCAACCCCCUCUGAUCCUGUACUUGCGGCGAUGAAGCGACGGACUGUGUGUAACUACGAAGAAGCUCAAACCCUCCUCUUCCACGAAGGGGAGAUUAUCUCUCGCGUCACUUCCGAGGACGGUACUCUUGCAGAUGGGGAGGACCAGAUCAUUGAAGAUGCAGGUAUCAUUCGAGAUUGGAUGGAACGCAGCAGAACGCAGCUGACAGCACACGGGCUCGAGGUCGUCAAGAGUGGACUUAAGACUGGUGAUGUCGCAAUUUUAUUCCGGAACGACCACUUUAUGACUGUAAUUGGAGGACGGGACUCUCAUGCGCUCAUGGGCUUGGUGACAGAUAUGGGCUUUGCGGGACAUGAAGAGGUAGUAUGGGAGCGUAUGGUAGAUGUCCAAGGUCGUAACAACGAGUUCCUCUCUGGCGACUUCCGCCCCGUCGGGGCCGGCGACGCGCCGCCACCACCACCACCACGUCAGGAGGUCCGCUCCCUCCUCGACCCUGACGAGGGCUGGGAAACCAUCCCCGGUGUCACCGACACCCAUACACCCGCCCCCGGGGAUAUCGUAGACCACGAUGCAGAUCUUGCCCUCGCUAUGCAACUCCAGGAGGAGGAGGAUGAACGUUACCGGAGUCGACAAGAUGCGGAGCAGCGACAGCGGCGUCAUGGGCCCUCGCAGUCUAUGGGAGGGCAACCUCGCGGUCUCCCUCCUCCACCACCCCCACGGCACCCUGGAGGCUCGGGGCAGUUCACACACCGCCCUGUAGAUGGAACAGAGACUACCCCGCCGCCGCCGCCAUAUGAGCGCCAUCCAAACCAGCCCCAGCCCCAGCUGAGUGCGUACCAGCAACAGCAGCAGAUUCAACAGCAGCAAGCAUGGGGUGCAGGUCAAGGCCGAGGCCGAAGAGCGAGUUUUGGCGCAACAACUGCUCCAGCGGGAAUUCAAGCUAGCGGUGGCAUGAGCCCAGCGCAGAGGAGAGCGGAGGCCGCCAGAAAUCUCAUGUCGGAGAUUGCGAACAAUGCGGGAUCGCCGAGUGGCCCGGCGCAACAGCCCGGGAGGCGAUCAAGUCUAGGAGGACCUGGAACUGAGGCCGAGCAGAAAGAGAAAUGUGUUAUCUGUUAG